GCUUCGCUUUCAUCUGAAAGGUUUGUCCCUCUGUGGAGGCCGUAGUUGUGUACAAAUAUGGCGUCGGACAGCGACAGCGACGAGGACUUUGUGAGUUUCGGGACUCCCCUGGAGCCUCUGGAGGAAGACGAGCCUCUGAAGAAGCCCAUCCCACUGCACGAGCAAACGGUGAAGGACGAGAAGGGACGAUAUGAAAGGUUCCAUGGAGCUUUUACUGGAGGCUUCUCAGCUGGAUACUUCAACACAGUUGGAUCAAAAGAAGGCUGGACCCCAUCAACCUUUGUGUCGUCACGGCAACAGAAAGCUGACAAGCACCAUGCCAGACCUGAAGAUUUCAUGGACGAGGAGGACUUCAGCGAGCACGGCAUCGCUCCUAGAGAGAUCACCACCAGUCAGGAGUUCUCGUCCAGCCGCAGAGAUGAGGCUGCAGAGAAGGCCAGAGCCGUCAGCGCUCAGGCGGCGUUGAUCCCCGGAGACACGCUGCUGGAGGAGCUCAUCGCACCUGCCAGGUUGUCCAUCGGCAUAGAGCUGCUGAGGAAGAUGGGAUGGAAGGAAGGUCAGGGCAUCGGGCCUCGCGUGAAGAGGAAACCUCGCAGACAGCUUAAGGAUGGACCAUCAAAAGUAUACAGCUGUUUGGUGCCCCCUACUGGUUCGGAGGAAUCAGAGGAUGAGGAUGGGGAAUUUGCCCCAGAGAACGUUACCUUUGCUCCGAAGGAUGUGACUCCAGUGGACUUUACUCCGAGGCUCGGGGUUCAAGGCCUGGGGUACCGCGGUCUGGACCCGGGCCUUGCACUGCUGGGUCGGGCAGCGGAUGAGCACAUUGAUCUGUUCAGGCCUCGGUCUGAGACCAGGAGUCGGCUGUUUGGAGACCGACAAAGUAGCUCCAGGAGAGGAGGGGUCGCCGGGCAGGCAUUUGGUGUGGGAGCGCUGGAGGAAGAGGAUGAGGACGUGUAUCACAGAGACUCCAUGUCCAGAUACGACACCAUUCUUGGAGAAGAGGAGCCCGGAGAUGGUUUGUACGGCUGGACGGCUCCCCAGCAGUACACCAAGAAGAGAGACAGAAGCAAAGAUGCUUUGUAUCUCGGGAAGAUCCUGGAGGGGUUCACUCUGGCUCAGAAACCUCGUGAUGAGAAAACAAUCUUCCCUCCACCCACUUUGCCCAGAGAUUAUCGCCCCGUUCAUUAUUUCCGUCCCCAAGUUGACGUUACAAGACUCUCUGGGGUCAGUUCAGCUCUGGCUGAGGCUCUGAAGACCUCCAGGGGUCACAUGGUCAAAGAAGAGCCACAGCCAGUAGGACGCCACCAGCUGGACUCUGGCCAGAGGAGGGCGCUGCUGGGAGAGGACGCCCUGAAAGGUCCCAGUUCAGUCAUGGAUCUGCUGAGACCUGAGGACAGACAGCGCCUGUUCAGCUUCCGAAACUCCUCAGCCCAAAAAUCCUGCACGGCCGACACAUCCCGGGCGCCUCCACCCGGACCGGCUCUGCUCCCCUCUGGCCUUCAGCAGCAGCAGGAGGCGCUGGCGGCAUGGAAAGGCUCGUCCUCCUCACAGAGCUUCAAACCCUUUGAGAAUAACCCCAGCAAGCAGGCGCGGUACGAGGUCUACCUGAGCCAGCUCCGACUGGGAGACGGAGACGCCCUGGAGCAGAGUCUGGACCCAACCAUGACGGAGUGGGAGCGCAGCAGGGAGCGCGAGGAGUUUGUCCGAUCUUCCAUCCUGUACCGACCCUCCUCUUCCUCACUGUCGUCUCGCUUCACACGGGCCAAGCACCAGGAGGACGAGGACACAGUGGAGGUCAGCCAGGACCAGGAGGGUGAUGUGGACGACAAGCAGGCAGCUGUCAAGAUGAAGAUGUUUGGAAAACUGACCAGAGAAACCUUUGAGUGGCAUCCCGACAGACUGCUGUGCAAGAGGUUCAACGUUCCUGACCCGUACCCUGGGUCAGGUUUGGUGGGUCUGCCGAAGGUGAAAAGAGACAAGUUUUCGGUCUUCAACUUCUUAACUGUUCCAGAGAGCAGGGAGAUGGCAGCACCUCCAAAGCCUCUGGAGCCGGGGAAGAGGUCGAGGUGGGACGUUUCAGAGCAGAACAAAGAAAAGAAGAACGAAGAUCCGCUGAGCGAGCUGCUCAGCGAUGCACGGAACCAAACUGAGUCCAAAGCUCCCGGGUUGUCCUCCUCCACCUGCAACAGCGACCUGACUUCAGGCAACAAAUCUGAGGCAGAGGUAGACAAGAAGGCAAAGAAUGAAGAAGAGGAGGAGGAGGAGGAGGAGAGGCCUCCCAUGGAUUUGUUUAAAGCCAUCUUUGCCGGCUCUUCCGAUGAGAAGUCCUCCUCUUCAUCAGAGGGAGAGAGUGAUGGAGAGGAGGGUGAGAAAGAUGCAAAGGAAGAUGAAGGAAAAAUGGACACAGAACCAAUAAAGCUUUUUGCCAUCUCCUCCUCUUCUGUCGUCACAUCCAGCCUGCAUACAGAAGCAGCAGUUUCCUCUCAGAUGUCCACUCAGGAUGAGAAAGAGUUUGGUCCGAAGCUGCCGCCUCCUUCAGCUGCUGUCGAUAGAGGAGGCGCCACCUCCACAUACCCCCCCCAGGAGGAUGAGAGGACCAGCAGGAAAAGCAAAGAGAAGAAGCACAAAAACAAGAAGCUUAAACACAAGAAGGAGAAGAAGAAGAAGAAACACAAGAAACACAAACACAAAGGGAAGCAGCAGUUGAAAAGCAAGAAAGAGGAGUCAGGCAGCAGCUCUGAGGACAGCAAAGAAGACGAGGAAGAUGUUCAGGUAUCGACAGACGAGCUGCUGAGAAGACUGAAAAGCAUCCGGACCCCUCAGAUGUGGUGACCUGCAGGAGCUCCAUCCUCUGUGAGGACCGACUGCAGCCUGAUCUCACUGAUCUCACACCAACAUGAUAUCUGCUGUGAAGCUUUUCUGUCUAAUAAAAAUAUGAAUUCAUUUUA